AGCAACAAAAAACUUCUCUCUCUUCUCUCCGAAAAAUCUUUUAGAGAGAGAAGGUUGAUAAAACUUCUUGCCGUCCGGAGGUUUUUCCGGUUUACAUGUCCCGAGUAUGCGGGCUUAUCAUCUGGCAGCUCCUCACUCCUUUAGUGAUGUUGGCCAGCUCUCGUCCGGUAUUGAUGGCUUUCAAAGCAGCGAUGGCCGGCUUCGUAUCGGCUUCUUUGCCGUUUGCUUCUUCAUGUUUACUGUUUUUGUUUCCUGUGCGGUUUCUCCUAUAGUUUGCUCUGUUGGAUCUGCCGCUUCAUCUUUGUCUUAAACUCAAGACGGUUCAUGGUUUCGAUUAUGCCUUUGUUUGGUGAUUAUAGCUUCUUUUCCUAUGCUGAUGUUAAUUGCCUUUUCGUCGCUGGUUCUAUGGUUUUUAGAGUUUCAAUAUGGUAGACCAUCAGUUAUGGACUCUUCAAUUUAAUCAAUUUAUCUUUACCCAAGUUUGCUGGAAUUUAUAGCAACUAGUUAAAAUUGGUUAAUUGAUGUUUGUCCUUUUUUACCCGGUGAGCAAAAACAAAAUUUCAUUGUUAGGAUAAGUUUUCCGGCGAUGAUCAAUUGACCGGAGUUGAGCUCUUUGUGCGAUGGAGGUUGGUGGGAUAACACGUGUCCUCAUACGUAUCGUUAGACACGUCCUUUGAAGCAUAUCUUCUUCUUUGGUUUUUUGCUUGGGCUUCUUUGUAAGCUUUUGUUGUAAUUGGACUGGCUUGUUGGGCUUGUAAAAGUUUAUCAAUAAUAAAACAGUUGAGACAAAAAAAAAAAA